AUGGCGGCGGUGCCGGGGGUCCUGGGGAUCCAAACGUGCCUCAGGGUGGCGGGAGCGGCCGCGGCGCGCCCCGAGUGCUUCCUCAGUGUGCAGGAUGGACUGGCUGCCGACUUCAGAGCAAUGACAAAGACUCUCUACGAUUUGAAUAAAGGAAGUAACAUAGUUCGUGGGGGCCCCCUAAAAGAGCUGGUGAUAGAAAAUUUUGAUGAAGAACAGAUUUGGCAGCAACUAGAGCUCCAGAACAAUGCAGUUCUCGAUUUCUUCAAGAAAUCCAUUGCAAAGGAUGCCGAGGAUGAAGAUCUUUGCCUUCUCUCAGAUCGGGAAGAAGAUGGCUCUGAUGCAGAGACCAGCAGUGACGAGGAGUUUGAAGACAACGUAAUGGAAGCAGAAACUGAAGAGAUGAAUGUUUAUACAAAAGAUAAAGAUAAACAUAAACCGAAAGCUAAAGAAAAGCAAAGUAAACUCAGCAAAAGCUUAAUGCAAAAAUACAGUGAUGAGGAUUCUGAUAUUGACUUUGAUAUUGAAGCACUGGAGCAACAAGCUAAAACAGCCAAGGAAACCACAUUGAGAAAAAAGGGAAGAAAAUCUGUAGUGGAUGACAAGUUUUUCAAGCUGGCUGAGAUGGAAACUUUUUUAGAACUUGCAGAGAAGGAAGACAGGGAAGAAGAAGAAGAAGAAGAAGAUGAUAUUAAUUAUUUUGAAGACAUUAUCUCAGAUGAUGAGGAAGACUCUGAAGAAGCUAAAGUCAAACCAGUUAAAAGUUCUAGAGAUAUGACAUACGAAGAUUUCUUCGAUUCAGUUGAUGAUGAUGAUGGUGAUGAUGAUUUAGUAGCUAAUGAUGCUGAAGAGGAUCAGGAAGAGGAAGCAGACAGUGCUAUUGAAGAGCAAAAUGAAGAAAGUAUGUCUGAGUUUGAGGAUAUGGAUGAAAUGGUGGAGCACAUGAGAAGUAAAGAAGCUUCUAAAAAAGUAACUUUUAAUUUGCCAGAUGACAGUGAAACAGAACAUGUAACUGAAGUGCAAUUAGAGAAGGACAUCAAUCCCAAUGAAAUAAAGUCAUCAUUUGAGAAGAGACAAGAAAAGAUGAGCAAAAAAAUAAAAAGCUUGGAAGAAUCAUUGUUAGAGGAGAAACCCUGGCAGCUUAAAGGAGAAGUGACUGGACAGAAACGCCCUGAGAACAGCCUUUUGGAAGAAACAGUGCUUUUUGACCAUGCAGUCCGAAUGGCACCUGUGAUCACAGAAGAAACUACUUUUCAGCUUGAAGAUAUCAUUAAACAGAGAAUAUUGGAUGAGGCAUGGGAUGAUGUGGUACCAAAAGAAAAACCCAAAGAGGAAGCUUUUGAGUACAAGAAGCGGAUCAGUUUGGAUCAUGAAAAGAGUAAGCUGAGUCUCGCUGAAAUCUACGAGCAAGAAUACAUGAAACUUCACCAGCAAAAGACUGAAGAGGAAGAAAAUCCUGAACACAAAGAAAUUCAGGAAAUGAUGGAUUCACUCUUCCAGAAGCUGGAUGCACUUUGUAAUUUCCACUUCACACCUAAACCACCGGUGCCAGAAGUUAAAAUUGUUUCGAACCUUCCAGCUAUAAGUAUGGAAGAAGUAGCACCAGUUGCUGUUAGUGAUGCUGCUCUCUUAGCACCAGAGGAGAUCAAGAAAAAGAACAAAGCUGGUGAUGUAAAAACAGAUGCAGAAAAGACUCCCACAGACAAAAAACGAGAACUAAGAAGGAAAAAGCUCCGAAAACGUAUGAGGCGAAGGGAAAAGGAGAAACGUCAAAAGCUUCUUGAAAAGAUGAAACCAGAACAAGGCACAAAACUUAGCAAAAAAGCUGCUGUAGCAAAAUUAAAAAGGCUUACCAAAGAAGGCAAAGCAUCUCUGCUCAAGGAUGAAGGUAAAGACAAGGCCUUGAAAUCAUCUCAGGCCUUCUUUUCUCAGCUACAAGAUCAAGUGAGAAUGCAAAUCAAAGAUGCCAGCAAAUUAAAGAAGAAACAGAAGAAGGAGAAAGCAAUCUCUGUUCAUAAACUGAAGUUGUAAUUUACCUUUUAUGUUGCAUCUUGUAUAUAUUAAUUUUUUUUCUGAAUUU